AUGCAAGUCCAAGGAAAAGCAAGUAAUCAAGGAGCUCAGAUUUUUAUUGGAGACCUUCACCCAAGUGUUUCUGAAUCUGACCUAUUUCAAACAACUUCAAAGUAUGGCCAAGUGGUUUAUAUUAGAGUUCUUCGGCAUAUCGAUACACGUAUUUCAUUAGGUUUUGCCUUCGUGAGUUUCACAGACCCAAUUCAGGCCAACACAGCAAGAGUUGAAUUGAAUGGUCUUGACAUCAAAGGAAAGCACAUAAGAGUCAUGAAAUACUGCAAAGAGCGCGACCCAGAAGCAAAUUUAUUCAUCAACAACCUCCCUGAAGGCGUCACAAGCAAAGAGCUAGAUAACUUAUUUAGUCCUUAUGGUAGCAUUUUGUCUACAAAGCUAGUUUAUGACUCCAACGAGCGCCCCAGAGGCUACGGCUUUGUCCAGUUUGAAAAGCAAGAAUCAGCCAAAUUAGCAUUAGAAUCAGCCAAAAAUUUGGAGCUUAAUGGAAGCAGACUUAUUGUUGAAAAAUUCGUCCCAAUGAAAGAGCGAAAUGACCUAUCAAACAACCGCAACCUAUAUGUGAGAGGCUUUGAUUCCUCAUUAACUGAUGAAGAUCUUCACAAGCGAUUUUCCACUUUUGGAGAAAUCACAUCUCACGUCAUCAUGAAAAACGAAUUCCAAGGCCAACCAAGAUAUUUCGGCUUCGUCUGCUUUGAUACAGCAGAAAACGCAAGAAAAGCUGCAAGUGAUAUGAAUGGAAGAGCUGAAGGAAAUUUCACAUGGUUUGUAGUCCCACAUAUGAAAAAAGCUUUGAGGCUGGCAAUUAACAAGGCUAAUUAUCAGAAGAAAAUUGAGGAGUGGAAAAGGAGAAAUCUCUAUAUCAGAGGAAUCCCUACCUCGAUUGAUGAAGAAAAACUGAAGAAAAUCUGCGAAACUUAUGGGCAGGUUGAAUCAGUUUUGAUUCCAAAGACAGAAAAUGUGAAGUUUGAAGAUGGGCGACAAAUCAAAGAGAUGACUCCGAGAGGGAUUGCAUAUGUGUGCUAUGUUAAAGCUGAGAGUGCAAAUAAAGCACUGGCUGUUUUGAGGGAUACAUCACUAGAAGGGAAUAAGCUGUUUGUAGCUCAUUGGAAGCCAAGAGAAGAAGUCGCAAAACUGGUAGGAAUGAUGAAGAUGAGAAAAAUCCAAAGCCAAAUGUGAGAGUAUGGGAUGAUGGGGAACAUGAUGGGGAGAGGCAGAGGUAUGAGAGUCCCUGGAUUUGCAGCAGCUCGGCCAAAGGCAGAAGCUCCUAGCCAAAUGCUCAUAACCCAGCCUUUUGUUCAUUACCCACCACCUGCUCAGCCUCAGCCUGUCCCACAGCCUCAGCUACCUUUUAAUAUAAGUGACUUUAAUGCUGCAUCUGCUGAUAUCAAGAAAAGAAUGAUUGGCGAAGCUGUGUACCCUCAAGUCCUUAAGAACUCAAGCCAACAGAUUGCCGGCAAAAUUACUGGGAUGCUUCUUGAAAUGGACAAUGCUGAACUCCUUGGACUAUUGCAGAACCCACCUCUUUUGCUUAUCAAAGUUCAAGAAGCUAUUGAAGUUCUUAGAAAGGCUUGGUCGACAAAUCCUGAUCUCUUGAAGUUGCUUGACGCUAAAUAA